AUGGCGACAGCAGAAACAAGAAAACAUCCGAAUAUUCUAAUUACAGGAACUCCUGGUUCAGGAAAAAGUACGUUGAGCGAAAUUCUUGCUAAAAAAUUAGGAUUUGAACACAUUAAUGUUGGUAAAUUGAUUCGUGAAUAUGAAUUAUAUGAUGAAUAUGAUGAAGAAAUGGAUUGUCAUGUAUUAAAUGAGGAUAAAUUACUGGAUCAUAUAGAGGAUAGACUAGAUUCGGAUGAAGGAGGUUAUGUGGUGGAUUAUCACGGUUGUGAUUUUUUUCCUGAACGAUGGUUUGAUUUCGUUAUUGUGCUUAGAUGUAAUAAUACAAUAUUAUAUGAUCGUCUUAAAGCUCGAGAUUAUUCAGAAAAAAAAAUCCGAAACAAUUUAGAAUGCGAAAUAUUUAAUAUUCUUUUGGAAGAAGCUGUAGAGUCAUAUAAGGCAGAAAUAAUUCACGAAAUGACAAACGAAACGAUCGAGCAGAUGAAUGAAAUUUGUGAGAAAAUUGAACAAAUGGUCUCUGCGUGGAAAAAUUGA